UUGCUGUCAGAACAGGUGGCUGGUUUGGUUCACUUCGGUAACGCCAUUUAUUCUACAUCCUUUCUGUGCAAAAAAGAAGAACGUAAACUUAUCAAUUCGGCAACGGUCGUUUUUUUUUCGGUUUUUCCAUCGCUGUCGCUGUAUAUACAGCCCUUGUGGUGAAGGUGCAUACCCUGUGCAGUGUUUUUUCAUGUGAAUUUUUACACCCAUAUCAUCUGAAGAAAGGAUGAGGCCGAAAGAUGAGAGCUACAUAACUGGGCCGCCUCAAAAUGGUUACCAUCGAGAUUACUCCACCAUGCAGCCAUACGCUGCGAGUAUCAUCAAAGUAAUAACUUUGCGUAGACGUGGAAACGCACCUUUAGGGUUCUCCAUCAGGGGAGGAUGGGAACAUGGAACUGGAGUUUUUGUUUCAGAAAUCAUUCCUGGAUCCAUCGCACAAAAACAAGGCUUGAGGGUGGGUGACCAAAUUGUCCGCAUCAAUGGAUUCAGCAUCCACAGAGCUAUUCAUAUGGAAGUCCUCAGUUUGUUGAAAACAUGUCCAGGAAUUGUUCUGAAGAUUAAAAGAGUUGGCAUUCUUCCAGUUAAAGAGCGAGACAAAGAUCCUGUUACCUGGAAAAUUGUAGAACCACCCCAGUCUUCUCUAAUCUAUUCUGAUCAAGUAGCUCAUUCUCGUAUGAAUGGAUCUACUCUUGAAAACAGUAUUAUAGUAAAAGUUGAAAUAAGUGUUCCAGGGAAUCAAAGUCUUGGUUGCAGCAUUGCUAAAGGACCCGAAGAGCUUCCAGGCAUUUUUAUGUGCACCGUCAAAGAAGGCGGCCUUGCUGACCAAGCUGGUCUGCAAGUUGGCGACCAAAUUUUGGACAUGAAUGGAACAAGUUUCAAUGACUUGAAACUCAGCGAAGCUGUAGCUCGUAUGAAAUCAGCUAAAGACAUUCGCUUGACCGUCAAGAAAGGGGCCGGAAUCAGUCUGUUUCUUGACAACGGGUCCUCAAGUCAGCACUCCAACGGCAACAAGAACGAAGACACCAUCUCGACCUCCCGAAGUCUGAGUGACGGCCUUUCAGCCACGCUGAAGGACCAUGAUUUCUCCGGCAGUUGUUCUUCUAAGUCCGAGCGCAGCUCCUUCCAAAGUAGCGUUUCCAGUGAUUCCGAGAAGGAUUAUUCCAUUUCCGAGGAAAGUGCAUUCGAAGCGGUGUCCAAAAAGAGCAGGUGGCCACCUCCCCCUCCAAAAAAGAGCCCAUCUCCACCCAUAGAGGAUGAUCCAGCCUGGCUACUAGAAGAGAAAAGAAUGAUCGAGGAGGAUAGGAGGAAGUUAGAGGAAGAAAAGAGAAGAUUGGAAGAAGAAAAAAGGAAGUUGGAAUUGGAGAAGUCCUCUUCCGCCUCCACAUCAUCGUCCUCUCAGCCGACUUCUUUAGAGGACAGCUCUAUUAAAGACAACAGCUUCUUGAAUGAGUUGCAGAAAGUUGCAGCUAGAAUGAACACAAAAGAGUGCAGAAUCUUUGAUGAACCUAGAAAUGGAUCUAUUAAACCAAACAAACCUGAAGUUUUGAAAGGCAAAAAAGGCAAAGAAGAUGCAAUUAAGCGAAUGCAACAUGAAAUGCUAAUGGAAGAAUUUAGAGAAGCUCAUCGUAAAAUGUUUGGUCAACACUCCCUCGGUAUUAUGGAAGAGAAUGGCCAAGCCAAAGAAGAAGAGGGUUCGAAGACAGCAAGUACAGAUACAUCUAAAAUAUUAAUUAAGGCCAAAGCAAAACCUCCCCCACCACCUCCCAAAAAUGUAGAGAAUAAUAAAGAGUGCCAAAAGAUUACAGUCAAUGGUCAAGUGCCAGGUCUCCAAAGUCAAACAAUUCCAAGACCUGAGAAACCAACACCCCCUGUCGAGAAGGCACCAGCAAAAGAAACCCCUAAACCUCCCACACAACCACCAAGCAAUGGCGUUAAAGUCACAGUUACAGGAAGUCGAUCCCUCGAGAGCAGUUGUUCCGUUGCUGCCGCUAAAACCAAGACUGGAGCUCUGGUGGAAGUUACUCCUUGGACGACGAGACUCUAAGGAGUCAAUUCCUCUCUAGUACAUGUUUGACCUAAUAUUUACUCUAGUACACAUAAGCAAGGGAACAAAUAUUUGUGUCAGAUUAAGUAUUCGACCUAAAAGAAAAUCAUGUUUCUUCAGUUUCUUUUGUUGCUUCAGUCGUGGUCAUUGGAAGUGGAUUUCAAUUUGAACACCAGAUCAAGGUUUAAGAAAUGAUGAUACAAUUUUAACAAGAUAGUCUAAAGAAUGAACUGAAACAUAUGGAGCAAAUUUAUCCACUUUUAUUAUUAUUUUAUCAAAUGAAUAAUAUAUCAAAAUGUAUAUUUUGAGGGUAGGAUUUUAAAUAUAUGAAUCCAUCUGAUUUACAAUUCAUGAUCUGUGAAUUCCCGAUUAGGGAAAAAAAAAAGUUUUAGAAGUAAAAUUUUUUAAGAAUUGCUUUUUAAUCAUAAAGGAGGUCUUUUGCAGUCGAAGUUUUAACCCUUUAUAUAGCAAUAACAGAUUAAAAAUUGUAUUUUGCAUUAAUUAAAUAUAUAGAAAAAGUAAAUACAACAUUUUAUAUGUUACUGAUAUGAUUUUUCUGCUCAAACUAGCUCGAUUAAUACGACAAUGGCAUACUUCAGUUCAUGGUGUUCAUUUCAUAACGUUCCCUUAUGUUAAUCAAAGACGUUAAUCUAAGAGAAUUAAAUAUAAGGGGAGAGAGCAAAGACUUAAGGAAAAAGGAAAAAAUGUCAUUAAUAUGAAUUCUGUAAAAAGUUUUCAUCACUGAUAUUUUUACAGAUUUAUUUUCUCUUUUUAAACCAAAUAUGACGUGGAGUAGGAGCGAAAAAAUACUGUGCUCUGCGUGCCAUUACCCCCAAUCAAAAACAAGAGGUAGUUGUUUGCAUGAAAAUAUGGCCAAUAAAAAAACCAUAAAACAACAACAACCACUAUCCCUUCAGUUGUCGCUUCAAAGGAUUUGGUAAUUUUUUUUCUUUUGUCAUCAUCUUAUAUCAUAAAAUGGUGCAACUAUCAAUUAAUUUUAACAGGUGGGGUUUUACAAAUGAUACCAAGAUUGUCAGAAUUUGGAUAUCUUUUUAAAGUAGGAUUAUUAAUAGUGAUUCUCACAAUGCCAGCCGCUAAGAGACGACAUUAGUGCAUUUAUUUCCUGUUUUUAAACUAAAUAGGGUAGAAAGUGAAAAAAAUUAUGCUCUGUGCGCCAUUUUUCCUUGUUGAAGCCACUGUCUCCAUUUAUUGUUUUUAUUCUUUUUAAAUCUUUUUGCAUUAUAAAAAGAUGCUAUCAUCAGCUAUAGAAACAAUUUCAGAUGUGUUUUAAAAAUGACUCAUACUCUCUUAAAAAAUACCUUGAUAAAAAACUGUAAAUAGAAUUUUACUGUACAAACUUUUUUGUUGAAUUCUACAACACUUCCUUUUAUAGUCACGUAUGGCGAAGAGCUGUUUGGAAACUGAAUUCAUUGUAACAUUGAUCAUAUUUCAUUAUUUCAUGUGGUUUGUGCCGUCCAGGGGGAUGAAAAGUUAUUUUUCUGUAUGAUUCUAUAGCUUCUGUGUCUUACUGGAUCAAAAAUUCUUGCAUGAUUCACAUUAAAUUAAAUUGAAAGUUUGGGUCUUCGAGUUUUUACGAUUUGUAUAUGGAGAUCGAAUUCAUCCAUUUUAUGCAUCCAUUAUUUCAAAUUUUGAUGAAUAAAUAUCUAGUAUAAAUUUAGAUACUAGAUUAUUGUAUCAUUAUAGAUACAGUAGGUAUGGUACUUAUUACAUAGUGUACAUAAUUUCUAGUGUGUUGAUUUUCCCAAAUGCUUUGUUUUUCGAACGUAUGAACAUUCUUUUGAACAGUCGUUGCUGAAUGUAAUUGCUAUAGAUGUACGUUAACCAUAUACGUUUGUAAAUCUUUUGGAUUAAGAGUUGAAUGUAUUAUUUUAUGUGCUGAUGAAUUCAUAAUAA